GACAGCUAUUGAACCUGCAUUUUUUAAUGAGAAACGUGAUUUAUAAAAUGACGAAGAGUUCUGGAAAGAUUUCUAUUCAUUGAGAAUUUCAAUACACCUUUGAUUUUGAAAAACUCAUGGCCUCGCAGCUAUUAAAUUGGUUAAUUCACCUCUUAGAGGAAUGCAGCUAAGAUUCAUCAGAUUCUACUUAAUCAUUUCGCUACUGACCAGCAACGAAGCAAAGUUAAAACCCAAAUCCAAGAAUAUUUCAUUUGAAAAUAAAGAAAUGAAUUUCGAAUCAUCUAAAGCUUUUCAAAAUUUACGUUCAUUAAAAAAUAAUUAUCCGAAAUCUCGUCUUGGUAGGACAUCUUAUGUAAAAGCGAUAUUAUCAAAUCCGGAGUUAUCUCCAAAAGAAAAGAUGACUAAAAAAUUAGCAAGAGGAGCAUUGAAUUCUCCUAAGAAGCAGAAAGAAUUUAGAAAAUUGACGCUUAUCAAAUCGAGGAAAAGGAACUCUCAUGAAAUUAUGAAAAAUUCAAAGCGUAAAGAAGACGUUUUUAGGUCCAUUAAAGCUACUAAAGGAUAUUAUAAGCCAGUUUUUAAAGAUCCUAAAAGGAACAAAAGGAAAAGACACAAAUGUGGUUUCGGAUUAGGAUGGUGUUCUGAUUCGGAUUCUUCUAAACAUGAUUCUUUUAAGAAAGUACCCUAUAAAAUUCGAGAGAAAGCAGUUUGCAAAAGAGGAGCGAGAAAUCUAUUUUUAGAGUUAAAUAAGACUAGAAAUCCUGGAAAAGCAGUAAGAGAAAGUAUGUUAGAAAAAGUGAUGAAAACAACAACGAAAAACCCUAACAAGAAAAAUCCUGGUGAUCAGGGUAUGGAGUAUUCUGAAUAUUAUAACGAGGAUGAUGAACUUGAAGAUUUUGACGAUGAGGCUGAGCUUGCUCAAAACGAAUCAGGUGUUUUCUUGAAUGACCUGGAUCAAAAUCGAAGUCAUAAUCAAGUUAAUCAACAAAAUAAGCACAGACAAUCUAAUCAGCGAAAUCAGAUCCAGCAAAAUAUCAAUUAA